AUGCCACGUCGACGCCACCGACUACUUACUGUUGAAGGUCAAAGAAGACGCGAACGUCAGCGUCGUCAACAACGGCAGCAACUGCAGCAACGGCAGGAAGCUCAGGAAGCCCUGGAAGGUGAAGACCCUGCGCUUCACGACCAACGAGUAGCCCGAGCUUUACAGGAACUUCAACAGUUGCAGGAAGCACAUCCUGAAGCUGAACGUGGCCAUGCUCAAGCCGCCAUCGAAAAUAUUCAGCAUGAAAUCCAUGCUCAGGCACCACUUCAAGUUCAGGCCCCACCUCCAGUUCAAGCCCCACCUCCAGUUCAGGCCCCACCUCAUAUCCAGGCACCACCUCAUAUCCAGCCUCCACCUCAUGUCCAGCCACCGCCCCCUCUUCAGCAACUACCUCGUGUUCAGUUACCAAUACAACAUCAUUUGGGCUUGAUGAAUCGCUUUUGCAAUCAUUGCGCGGGGAAAUAUUUUGCAGAGGAAAGGAAUACAAAUGGUGUCUACACAAAAUGCUGCUUUGAGGGCAGGGUCAACCUACAGCCAAUUGCACCUCCAGCCCAAAACAUAGUGGACCUCUUUACAGAAGAAUCACCCACUUCACGCCAUUUUCUUCAAAACAUCCGCCAUUACAACUCUGCAUUUGCCAUGGCUUCAUGGAACGCGCCCAUCGACCAGCACCCUGGAAGAGGUCCUAAAGUCAUUACGAUCCAUGGCCAGGCCUACCAUCUUACAAGUGCUGGUGAGCCACUCCCUGGUGAACGCCCCAGGUAUAGUCAGCUUUACAUCCUAGACACUGAUCAGGCCUUGCAAGAGCGCGUUGCUGACCCUAGAAAUGUCAACCUAAGACCAGAACUCAUGACAUUGAUCCAACGAGAACUUAUGGCUGCUAACCCUUUUGCAAGGCAGUACAGAAACAUGGGAGAAGUAAUACAACAACAACGAGCCCUUGCAGUUCAAAACAACCAGCCACUUUUACCAGUACGAAUGAUCAUAGCACAUCGUGCACUGCAAGAUCGACGCUAUGAUGAACCGAUAGUUUCCGAAAUAGCAGCUGUUUUUGUCGGAGAUGGAGGAGCCCCUCCCAACCCAGCAGAGAGGGACAUUGAGACUUACCCAAACAACCAGCGUAACACUGUAAAAAUAAAGGCAACAUCUCCAGCAGCAGAUCCAAUGACCUACCCUCUUCUCUUCUUCAGGGGUGAAUCAGGUUGGCACACACAGCUUGCACGCAACCCUGCCCCUGCCCCUGCCCCUGCCCAACAAGGGCGUCAAAGGGCAAGGGUUGCCAAUCCAAGACUACGCAUUUCAUUUAACGAAUUUUAUGCUUUUAGGGUUGCCGUCCGUGAUGCAUUUUCCACAAUUCAUCGCUCAAAGCUACUCUUUCAACAGUACCUGGUUGAUGCAUUCACAAAGAUUGAAGGCAAUGAAUUAGAGUUCAUUAGAAGAAACCAGGCUCAACUCAGAGUUGAAUCCUACCAGGGACUAAUGGACCAUAUUCACGCACGUGCAGAAGAAGAGCAUGCAAAUAUAGGGCGUAUUGUCAUACUGCCCUCCACAUUCCAUGGUAGUGACAGAAACAUGUACCAAAACUACCAGGAUGCCAUGAGCAUUGUCGUAAAGUUUGGAAAACCCGAUAUCUUUCUUACAAUCACUGCCAAUCCACGAUGGCCAGAGGUGACUGAGAACCUCCUUCCACACCAGCAACCAAGCGACAGGCCUGACAUCAUCAGCCGUGUCUUCCAUUUGAAACUCCAGGAGCUCCUUGAUGACAUCCUGAAAAGACACCUGCUAGGACAUGUCAUCGCGUACGUAUACACUAUCGAGUUUCAAAAACGUGGUUUGCCCCAUGCGCAUAUGCUCAUCUUUUUUUCAAAUGCAGACAAACCACACGAUGCUGCAGACAUAGAUCGCUUGGUUUCAGCUGAAAUCCCCGAUCCUCGAACCAGCCAAGAACUACAUAACCUGGUCAAGAAGCACAUGAUUCAUGGCCCAUGUGGUGAUCUUGACCCUCAUUGCCCAUGCAUGGCAGAAGGGAAAUGUACCAAAAACUUUCCAAAGCCAUUAAACCAGCGGACAGAGUUCAAUGUUGAUGGCUACCCACAAUACAGACGACGUGGUCAGCAUGCAGCCCAGCUACGCAACCACCUCGCCAAUGACUCCUGGGUAGUUCCCUACAACUCUCAUCUGCUCAUGAAAUUCAAUUGCCACAUGAAUGUAGAAGUGUGCACAAGCGUCAAAAGUGUAAAGUACAUUUUUAAAUACAUCCACAAAGGGAGCGACUGUGCACACGUUGAGAUCAGAGAAAACACUCUCCAUCACGAUGAAAUCCUCCAAUAUUUAAACGCAAGAUAUGUUGGACCACACCAGGCUGUGUUCAGAAUCAUGCAGUACAAAUUUCAUGACAGAAGCCACACAAUCAUACGCCUUGCAGUACAUCUCCCUCUACAGCAGAAUGUCUACUUCCAAGAGGGGCGUGAACAGCAAGUUCUACACAGAAACCUGAACACCACACUCACUGCUUGGUUUCAGUUGAACAGCAAUGAUCAAGACGCACAGCAGUACCUUUACCAUGAAAUUCCCGAACUCUAUACAUUCGACAAAGCAACAAAAACAUGGAAACGAAAGGUACGUUUUGUCUCUAAAAUUGUUGGCAGGAUAUACCAAGUCCAGCCAUCCGACCCAGAGAGACAUGCUUUACGACUACUUCUUCUCCAUAGAAGAGGUGCAACAUCCUUUGAAGACCUCAGAACAGUUGAUGGUCAACUACAUGACACAUUUAAGAAUGCAGCAAAAGCCAUGGGCAUAUUAGACGAUGAUGCCGAGCUUAUACGUUGCCUAGAAGAAGCUGUGAUCAUUAACAUGCCACCGCAGAUGAGACAGCUCUUUGUAACGCUCAUCAUCUUUCAGACUCCAGCUGACAUCAGAGCUCUUUUCGACCAGUUCAAAGUGCCCAUGUCUGAAGAUUACAUCCGACAUGAUAGACGGCUUCACAAUGACCCAACAAUUGACUUCCAGGACAGACACAUGUACCUGUGCCUUUGGGACAUAAACACCCUGUUGAAAGUCCACGGAAAAUCAAUCGCAGAUCCAGAAUUUUCUGAGUUGCCACAGCUGCCAGACAACUUUCGGAAUCCAGAGCAAAAUGAAGAAAACAUCGACAUUGCUCAGGAAAGAGACCUUGGACAACAAAUUUUGCAGUUCCUCAACAAUGAACAACGUCAUAUCUACGACACCGUCAUGGAAGCUAUCCAGACACAUUCCGAAAACAACUGCUUCUUUGUUGACGGUCCAGCAGGAACAGGUAAAACUUUCCUGUACAAUACAGUUGUUCAUAACCUCCAAGCAGCAGGAAUUACUGUUAAAUGUGUUGCUUAUUCAGGCAUUGCAAGCACAUUGCUUAUCAAUGGAAGCACAGCACAUUCUACAUUCCAGAUUCCUAUUCCCUUAUUAUCCGAUUCCACAUGCAACAUAAAGCGUCAAAGCGUUAAAGCUCAAAAGCUUUUGCAAACUACUGUAUUCAUCUGGGAUGAGGCCUCGAUGAUCCCAGUUAACGCUUUGAAAGUAAUUGACAUCCUACUCAGGGACAUUACUCGAAAUGACAGACCCUUUGGAGGUAAAUUCAUGUUUCUUGGUGGUGAUUUUAGACAGAUUCUUCCAGUUGUUCUUAAAGCAGGUAGAGAACGAAUUGUGCAGGAAAGCAUGAAGAAUUCACCUCUCUGGCGCCAUUUCCGCACGUUUCAACUCAUCAGAAACAUGAGAGCCAUCCAAGACGAAACAUACCGAGAGUUUUCUGAUUGGCUCUUAAGAAUUGGAAACGGAGAAGAACCACAGGAUCAAGAAGGUCAAAUCACCUUGCCUAACCACAUGCUGGUGCAGUCACUCGACGAGAUUGUUGACUUUCUUUAUCCGCCACCACCACCCGGAGAGCCAGACAUAAUGGCCAAUCCAGAAGCAAUGUCAGAGCGCUGCUGUCUAACACCCACCAACGACGCCUCCCAUGAAAUCAAUCAACUGAUUUUGGAUAGGCUCCGUGCCCCUACCCAGACAUACCUCAGUGCUGACAGAGUAAUCACUGAUGAUCCCGAGGAAGCUGCAGCAUAUCCUAUUGAGUUCCUCAAUUCACAGACACCAACUGGUAUGCCACUUCACGAACUAGAACUCAAGAAUAACAGACACCCAUUUCUCUUUUCAAACACCAAGCUUGGUGCAACAAUCAUCCUCCUGAGGAACAUCAAUCCCAAGAAGGGUCUUUGCAAUGGAACCCGCCUAAUCAUCCGGGAUUUACAACACCACCUGAUUUGGGCAGAAGUCAUUGCUACUGAGCACAGAGGACGCUACGUCAUGAUUCCUCGAAUCACAAUGUCCUCUAAAGACACCGCCCUACCCAUUGACAUUGCCAGACUGCAAUUUCCUGUGAGGUUGGCGUACUGCCUUACCAUCAACAAAGCACAGGGACAGUCGUUAAG